AUGCUCGAAGACACGAUCAGAAGAGAGAAAGCCUACUACAUUUACGUGCUGGGUGAUUUCAACGCAAUCGUGGGCAAGAGCGACCUUGCCACAGCUCGCCACGGAAAGUACGGCCUCGGAUCGCGAAACGAAAACGGCGAGAGACUGAUCGACCUUCUCGACGCAAGGAAACUCUACCAUGGCAACUCACUUUUUGAGAAACCUGAUCAACGACGUUGGACCUGGAAAUCCGCGAACGGCGCAACCACCAACGAGAUCGACCAUAUCCUCACGAAUCGGAAAUGGACUCUUCUUGACGUUGCCGUACUACCGAGCUUCGACAUCGGAUCAGACCAUCGACUAGUCCGCGCAAAAAUCCGCAUCAACAGCAAGGUCAGGAAACGUGAUCUCCACCAACCACCACGUCCAAGAAGACCGGUCUACGACGCAGCCACAUUGGAGAAGAACAUCUCGGAGUACAAAUGGUCACACAACGAUGACCCGACGAUUGACUACAAGAACCUCUGCGACGGCCUUAUAAGAUGCGCCGAACCCGCUGCCCGAUCGACCUCAUCACUUCCUCCUCGAAUCGACCAGAAAGCGAAGGAAAUGCUAAGGAAACGAGGAGAGAUCAAACGCGACCCGGCUUCCACGCACCUUGAACGUCUAACCAUCGACAAAGCGUGCAGAAUCGCGGUCGAAACAUCGCUCGCAAAUCGACGCAAAAACGCCCUUCUCCUGACAGCCGAAAAACACCAAAGCAUCCGGAAAAAGAAGUUCGAACUAAUAGACCUAACGACGGUGAUGACGGCUCUAAAAGACAAAAAUGGUCACUUGAAAACUUCGCGCAAAGAAAUGGAAGACCUCACAGUUGACUACUACACAAGGCUCUUCCAAAGCAGCGUAGCAGUACCAAGAUCAGCGACUCCACCAGCAGAGGAAGAACCUCCGAUCAUCGAAGAAGAAGUUGCUCACGCUAUCCGAAGGUUGAAGAAUGGAACGGCGGCCGGCCCCGAUAACAUCUCGACAGAAAUCCUCAAAUCCGGAGGCGACGCCCUGAACCGCCUGCUCGCCAAACGCUUCUCCACCUAUCUGAAAAACAACGAGAUCCCGGAGCAAUGGAAGGUCUCAAAAACCAUCUUGAUCCCCAAAAAAGGCGACCUAACCGACCUGAACAACUUCCGACCAAUAUCACUAUUAUCGGUCGUCUACAAGUUGUUUACCAAGAUCAUCGUCAACCGCCUAGAGAAGAAGCUCGACGACUUUCAACCACCGUCACAAGCCGGGUUCCGGCGGAACUUCUGCUGCCUAGACCACAUCCACACCUUGACUCAGGUUGUGGAGCGUCAUCGAGAAUACCACCUCCCCCUGGCAUUGGCUUUUGUAGACUACCGGAAAGCCUUUGACAGCGUCGAGAUCAACGCCAUCCUGAACUCGCUCGUCGCCGCAGGAAUCCCCACGAAGUAUAUCGACCUCAUCGAAAAGUGCAACGAGGGAACGUCGACUACAAUCCAACUGUUCAAUAAAAAACUCACGAUCCCCAUCGGGAAAGGCGUUCGACAAGGAGACACAAUCUCUCCGAAGCUCUUCUCCACAGCCCUAGAAGAUGCAAUGCGUCAACUCGGCUGGGACACCAACCGAGACUGGGAAGAUGGAAACGUUAUCAAAGGCAUCAACAUCGACGGCAAGAUCUUAACAAAUCUUCGCUUCGCCGACGACAUUGUCCUCUUCGCCAACAACACCUCCGACCUGUCAUCCAUGCUCAACGAUCUAGACGCCGUCGGAAAGAAGAUCGGACUCCAGAUGAACGAGAAGAAAAACGCAGUGGAUGAGGAACCGCUUCUGCGACCAAGGCAACGUCACCCUCGAAGGACGAGACCUGCUUGA